UCUCUUUUAUUUCCAAUACGUAAUUGAUAAAGUAAAACAUUUUAGUCUUUGAAACAGCAGACGUACUAUUUUACACAAACGACAUUUUUUGCGAUUGGCCUUGAGUCAUUUUACUUUCUAAUUUUUUCAUUUGCAUAGUUAUCGUGAUCGACUUAUUUUAUGUGAGGGAAGGGACAGAAAAACGUACGAUUUCUCAUUUUCUAACCUUGGAACAUCGCCACUUGUACACGUAUUAGUACGUUUAGGUUGGAUAGGCGUUGCGUAGAUCUUACAUAUUGACAUAUGAACAUUGGACGAUGGAGGUAAGUAAAUUUUCACUAAGAUGCAACUCACUCAAACUUAAUUCAACUAAAGUGUGACAUUCGGGAAUUUUCCCGAUUCUUACUAGAAUAUUAUAUUACCUGCAUGAUCCCUUACCAUCUGCCAAACGUAUACGUGCAAAUCCGAGAGGAAAAAGACAGCUUUUAUUUAUGAGCUUAAUCUAAAUGAAUAACAAAGGUUAACCACAUUAUUACCCAACGAAUUUUUUACGACAUAUACUAUUGUACAAACUGUUGUCAUUGGUUGUUUCUUUCAAACUUUUUGGCAAGUUCUUUCUGGCCAUAAGUUGGACGUAUAGUGUUAUAGGUAUAACUUUAGCCUUCAUCAAUUUAUAUUGUAUUGUGUUUUUUAUGGACGCAAACUCAACUACAUGACUAUUGCUGUGGAAUAAUUAAGCUUCACUGUAGAUCAGUCAUUCCAGAAAGGAAAUUCGCUGCAUUUUUCAGAUGGCGGUUUGUUUUCUCGCAUUGAUCCGUAACGUUCGGGUUGUAUAUAAAGCAUUGAGAAAAGAGUGAACCUUUUGGCUGACUUCAUUCAGUCAAAACUAUAGGUAGAACCCUAGUUUGCAACUCGAAAUUCUACGUAAAAGAAAUAAGAAUCCUACUAUAGGAUCUUUUACGUAACGAUGAAAUGUCACUUGGUUUUCAUACUGAUUAGCUGUGUCAUCCUAAACGUUAUGGCUAAUGAAACUGGGAAACCAAUUACGAGAGGACGCCACUUCAUUGUUGGAACCAGUGAGGUAUCUCCCUACAUCAACAUAGAAUAUGUCGGCAACAAAAUCAGUCACGUCUACGGGUUUGUCCAUGAAAUAAUUGUAUGGAUGUCCGAGAAACACGAUUUCACUUUUGAAUAUGUUGAACCUCCUGAUGGAGCCUUUGGGGCCCUUGUAAACGGCUCGUGGAACGGAUUAGUCAGACAGGUUAUUUAUGGUGAAAUUGAUAUAGUGGCAACAGCAUUUUCGGUAACUUAUCCACGAUCCAAAUCUAUUGAUUACACCUUUCCAUUUUCGGAUGACCCCAUGGCAAUAUUAAUUCCAUAUCCUCGACUGGACAGCACCAUUUCCGGUAUUGUCAGGCCCUUCCAGUACGAGGUGUGGAUUGGCAUCAUCUUUAGUUUGCUGAUUUUAGCCAUUUUCCUCUGGUUAAUUUCUCGGUUUGAAUCACGUGUUAGCCGUGAACCAUUUCGCGGAAAGACCGGAUUGUUCGACCACUUUUGGUUUCUAUUCCGAGUCGUGGCAAACUCCAACGAUGUUAUUGCUUUCACAUUGGCAACACGACUGAUAGUCACAGCCUGGUGUCUAACAGCUGUUGUCUUCGUUAACUCGUACACCAGCAGUUUAGUUUCUUACUUGAUGGCCCCGAAAUUCGUGCCCGUAAUCACCACCGUUCAAAGUUUGGCGGAUAGCAAUGAAAUUUCGCUCAUCGUGCUUAGACACACAUCCGUGGAAUCCACGUUGUUUGCCGCAACGUCAGGUGCGUUAGCGAAAAUUGGCGCACACCUUCAAUCUCAUCCGGAAAACCAGUUGAAGUUUCUGGAAAAUAUAGAAGAUCAGGUCUAUUAUCAAGGGAAGGCAUUUCCCCAUGAAGAAACAUCGCUUAUUGUGCGAAUUCACGAGGAUUUGAAGGCCACUAAACGAUGUCGCCUUGCUAUCGCUAAGGAACCGCUUUUCCCAGAUCAACAUGCCUUUGGCCUGGCAAAGUUCAGUCCGCUAACAAAAACCUUUAAUAACGAUGUUAUGUGGUUAAAACAAUUGGGCUUGUUGGACCACUGGAAAGCGUCUGCACUGCCGCCACCAAAUCGCUGCUCAGCACCGAUAUCUCAAUUACGUUCAACACCCAAUAAAAAGUUGACUCUCGAUUCACUUUCGAGUGCUUUCCUUCUCUACGGUGUUGGUGUUAUCGCCUCUAUCUCGGCAUUCAUAGUCGAGCUGAUUUUCUUCAAAUGUUUCUAAAAUGGGACAUACCCAAACUAUUGUUAUUAUAAUUGUUUUUUAAUGGCUUCAGUUCAACAACUUUCCUAUUUUCUAUUUCACCAUCAUUCAACUUCUUCUUUGUAAAUGAUCCGGUCGGGAUAAUGUUUAUCUGGGCGAAAGGUAAAAAAUGCCAUUAACAAGAAGAAAAUCAUUCCUUUCAUUUACUAAUUAUAUCUACAAUUUCUGUUCUAUUCCCACGCUUUUAUCGCUUACUAGAUUGUCUUAUUAAAGGUUCGUGCAUUGAA